AUGUCACAAUCCGAAGAGGAAAAUCGAUCAGGUCGAGCUGUAUUUGCAUCGUUGGCAGCUGGUGCAUGUGCUGGUUCCAUAGCCAAAACUACCAUUGCACCGCUUGAUCGUACAAAAAUUAAUUUUCAAAUUUCUGGGAAUGCUCACUAUUCAAUGAAGUCAGCUCUUAAUUUCAUCAAAAAUACAUACGAAACAACUGGUUUAAUUUCGCUGUGGCGUGGUAAUUCUGCGAUGAUGGUGCGCAUUGUACCAUAUGCGGUAAUCCAAUUUGGUGCACAUGAGGAGAUCAAACACAUGCUACGGGUUGACAAGGAUGGAAAGAAAACUCCAAUAAAGCGCUAUAUCGCGGGAUCCUUAGCAGGAGUGGUUGCAACAACAUGUACAUAUCCACUGGAUACGGCCAAAGCACGCUUAGCUACAUCAACUGUAGAUGAAUAUAGUUCCUUACUAAAUGUUUUCGUCAAAGAUUACCAAAGAUACGGUGUUAGAACGUUCUACAACGGUUUAAUUCCAGCCUUGCUAGGAGUCAUACCCUAUGCGGGUGCCAGCUUCUUUAUUUUUGAAACACUUAAAUUGAUUUAUUUUGAUAAAACAAACAAAGAAGUUCCAUCUAUAUAUCGUCUUAUUUUCGGUGGUUUUGCGGGUUUAGUUGGUCAGUCGUCGUCCUACCCCUUUGAUAUUGUGCGACGUCGCAUGCAAACACACCGUAUUCCUCCUGGACAUAAUGUCUUCCGUAGUCUAUAUAUGAUUGGGAAGACCGAAGGUGUCAAAAAUGGUCUUUAUAAAGGUCUCAGUUUGAAUUGGAUCAAAGGUCCGAUUGCGGUUGGUAUUAGUUUCACAGUGUAUGAUACUGUUUAUAUCUACCUCAAUCACCUACUGAAAAUUGAAACUUUGAAGUGA